AAACUCUUUUCUACACUUUUCUCUCUCAAGAAAACUUGGCUGCUGUCGCUACAACGUGCAAAGUGUCAGCUUAACUCAGACUCGAACCUUCAACGCUUUUCAUCUUUUUGGAACCCCUUGAAGUUGAGCUUUAUCUGAAAAAGUUUCUCGCUCUGUGAGCAGCAUUUCCCACUCG